GGCCCAACGAGUGAUAUCGUUGUUAAUUAAUCAAACAUGAAAAUCAAUGUUAAGGUACUUAUGGGUGAAGAACACAUCUUUGAAAUCAAGCCAUCUGACACAGUGCUGGAAGUGAAACAAAAAAUUCACGAUAAGCUGGGCAUCGAAGUAGCUCAUCAAGUUUUAUUACUCUUAGGCAAAGCACUAGCAGAUGAAAAUACAGUAGAUUUUUACCCAGGAAUCAGAGACGGAUCUAAAUUAGUUCUUGUAAAAAAGACUCCGCAAUCUCCUUCACAAAGUAAAAAUGGCAUUUAUAAGUUUAAAGAAGAAAUGAUAAAAGUACUUCGAGUUUAUUACUCAGAUGAUGAUGCCUUGACGAUAGCAAAUGAAGUAAUUAAAGACCUGAAAACGAAAGUUAAUCAGCUGAAUUUUGAUGAUUUGGAGAGGUUAGCGACGGCAAUAGAACAAGAACGUUAAAAAAAAAAAAGUUUAUUUGUUACUAAUCAGUGUAAUAUUACCUUUAUUUUCUAAUUUAGCAUAUAAAUAUCUCAUGUAUUUAUAAAGCAGAGGACAGAUUUUUAAAAUGGUUUACUGUAAUAGAGAUAAAAGACAAACCUUAGAAGUAUAAAAAUAUUUAUUUUUAUCACGAUUAUAAAUUAUUUAUUACAAAAAAUUACAGUAGAUU